AUGUCUGUGAACUAUACGACUCCUUUAGACGAUGAGGUAUUUUCCCUGUCCUUUGCCAACCAUCAACUGACUGAGCACGCCUUAAUGGGCCAGGAAUACUCGCCUAGCCCCAUGGAUGAGACUAAAUACAUUAUGAACGGUUCCGUCGCAGUACCGAGGGAGUUCGGCUCUACUACUGCCUCCGCCCAAGACGAGCCGAUGUUCUCGUUAGAUAGCACUCAAGAGAACAACUACAAACAUCAGGCAAUGAACAACGUCCAAGACUGUCGCAUGGCCGUGUCAGCCAUAACCACCCAAUCCUGUGACGGAUUAACGGACCUUUACGCCAAUGCCGCCCAACAAAACUACAGGUUGUGGCUUUCCUCAUUUUGA